AUGUACUACCCCGCCGUUAUAUCUGCUGUGCUCUUCGCUGUCACCGCGGCACCUGCACUAGCCGCCCCUUCGGGACUCGGCCUGCGUGCAUUCGAAGAGGAUGCGCUUGCACAGCGCAGCUUCGACAACGAGCUCUACGCUCGGGACCUGAUCUUCCGACGGGCAGGAGAACGCGCCAAACGGCCCGCACCGCCUCGGCCUCCGCGCCGUCAACAUGCAUUGCGACCGCUACAACCACCUCCCGGUUCGAAAAGGCCGGGUCAACAGUGGCUCCCUGAGAAGAGUCCUGUUCAUGAUCCGCAGGAGUUGAGGCCCGGGCCGAAGCUGAGGGCGCUUGACGACUCAGACGAGUAUUUGCUUGCGAGGGCAAUCGAGGAGGACGAGCUGUUCGCGCGCGCAUGGGAGGAUGCGGUGUUCGCUAGGCUGGACAUGGAUGACUUGAAUUAG